AUGGAAGCUAAAACUGAAAUAGAAAACAACAGAAAAAUAAUUAAGGAGAAAGUUGAACAACUUGAGAGCAAAGAUAAGCAAAUUUAUGGCUUCAACGAUCAAAUAAAAUCAAGUUCGAAGAAAAUAUUAGAAAUGAGCGAUGAUCUUUUAAGGUUAUACCCUUUACACAGCUGCCCAAGAGCCGGUCCAAGUGGCAUUUACAACAUUACAGUUCGAGGAGUGAAGACAUUCGAAGCUCCCUGCAACUCAACUGGUUGGUUAACUAUUCAAAAACGAUUUGACGGCUCCGAGGACUUUCAUCGCCCUUGGGAAGACUACAAAAAUGGAUUCGGAAAAAUAAAAGGGGAAUUUUUUAUAGGACUGGAGAAAUUGCAUGUAAUGACUCGUGACCGAAAACACGAACUUUCUAUUAAACUUGGAAAGGUGGACGGAUCCAUCGGCUUUGUUCACUAUGAUCAUUUUGAGAUUGGUAGCGAAGCAGAAUUUUAUGUGCUCAAAUCCGUGGGCAACCAUACUGGGGAACCCGGAGACUCCCUAACAGUUCAUGUAAAAUCGAAGUUCACCACAUUAGACAGGGAUAACGAUUCUUCCAUACAUAAAAACUGCGCUUCCAAUGAUAAGGGUGGUUGGUGGUACUCUAAUUGUGCUUUGAGCAAACUAAAUGGAAAGUAUUACAAAGAGGGCCACUCAAUGUAUACCAACGGAAUCUCGUGGGGUACUUGGCAUAAUUACGAUUAUCAACAAUCGCUCACCUUCAGUGAAAUGAUGAUUAGGCCUAAGACCGUAUGUGCUUAA